UCGUUGGAUUGUUGUAAGAAAACAUUAAAAAUGAGUGAAGCAGCUUCUCCAAAGAAAAUCGCACCCAAGAAGAAACCUGCUGCAAAGAAGACAGCUGAUCACCCUAAAUAUGUGGACAUGAUCAAGGCUGCUAUCGCUACCCUAAAGGAACGCGGUGGUUCAUCUCGCCAAGCUAUUACAAAAUAUAUUCAUGCAAAUUACAAAGUUGCUGAAAACUCAGAUCAUCAUCUGAAAAUGGCUCUUAAACGAGGAGUAACAUCAGGCGAUUUGAUUCAAACUAAAGGCACUGGUGCUUCUGGAUCAUUCAAGCUAGAUCAGGUAAAAAAAGAAAAACCUAAGAAAAAGGCCGCAGCAAAAAAGCCAACGGCAAAGAAGCCUACUGCAAAGAAAAGUACACCAAAAAAGAAGCCAGCAAAGAAGAGCACGCCAAAGAAAGCAGCAAAGAAGCCUGCCACAAAGAAAGCCUCGGCUAAGAAACCAGCAGCUAAGAAACCCACAAAGAAGCCUGUUGCUAAAAAACCUGCAGCAAAGAAGGUCAAAAAGACUCCCAAAAAGGCAGCAAAGAAGACCGCAAAAAAAUAAUUUGUGUGUAUCUGGCUAUUACAUUAACAAACGGCUAUUUUUAUAGCCACACAUUUACAAAAAAACAUUAUCUUGGUACAAAGUUAAACUUGUUUAAGUCACUUAAACAGUUAAAAA